AGGACGCGCAGUGCGCAGACUCCGAGCGCGACCACGUGUGAGGAGUUUGUGUUCCGUGCGCGCAGCGGCUCAGAGACACGCGCAGGAGGAAAACCGGGAGCAGAAUCACCUUUAAACUUCUCAGGAUCGCGACAUGAGGCCAGGGUUCAGUCCUCGUGGUGGUGGACGUGGAGGUGGACGUGGAGGCGGUUUUGGAGACAGAGGCGGUUUUGGAGACAGAGGCCGCGGGGGCUUCAGAGGAGGACGAGGUGGAGGAUUCAGGUCUCCGGACGGCGGUGGAUUCCGGGGCCGUGGCGGAGGCGGAGGCAGAGGGACCCCCAGGGGCCGCGGGGGCAGAGGCGGGCCCCGCGGCGGCCGGGGAGGAUUCGGAGGAGGCAGGAAGGUCCUGGUGGAGCCGCACAGACACGAAGGUGUGUUCAUCUGCAGAGGUAAAGAAGACGCUCUGGUGACGAAGAACAUGGGUGGGGAGUCUGUGUACGGGGAGAAGAGGAUCAGUGUGGAGGAAGGAGAAACAAAGAUCGAGUACAGAGCGUGGAACCCGUUCCGCUCGAAGUUGGCGGCGGCGAUUCUGGGAGGAGUGGAUCAGAUCCACAUUAAACCCGGAGCCAAAGUCAUGUACCUGGGGGCCGCCUCAGGGACCACGGUGUCCCACGUGUCCGACAUCGUGGGCCCGGAGGGGCUGGUUUACGCCGUGGAGUUUUCUCACCGAUCGGGCCGAGACCUUCUCAACGUCGCCAAGAAACGCACCAACAUCAUCCCCAUCAUCGAAGACGCUCGCCACCCGCACAAGUACCGCAUGCUCGUGGGGAUGGUGGACGUCAUCUUUGCAGACGUGGCGCAGCCGGACCAGACCAGAAUCGUCGCUCUAAACGCUCACAACUUCCUUAGAAACGGCGGACACUUCGUUAUCUCCAUAAAGGCCAACUGCAUCGACUCGACCGCCGCCCCCGAGGCCGUGUUCGCCUCUGAGGUGAAGAAGAUGAGCUCUGAGAACAUGAAGCCCCAGGAGCAGCUCACCCUGGAGCCGUACGAGAGAGACCACGCCGUGGUGGUGGGCGUCUACAGACCUCCUCCGAAGCAGAAGAAGUGACGUCUCCGUGCAGAUCUCCCGCCGUCGCCGACAGUUUUCAGUUGAAGCAGAGAAGAGUAGUUUGUAUUUUUAAUUAUGACAUGUAUAUUGAUUUUAUUGUCUUUUGUAUUGUUUAUUUUUCCCGUUUUAUUUCUGGUCAAGAGGAUCGUCUUUUCAGUACAUUUGAAGCAGCCGUGUGUGAACUGCUCUGGAGUUUGAAGCUAAAACGGCACAAAUAUGAAAUGUACAGACUUUAUUAAAAAACAGUUGGAGCUGA